UGGGGCGACGACUGAAGCUCUCGCCCUCUCGCGUGCUGCUAGUGGCGAACAAUUUCUUUUUGUUCCCACGUGCUGUUCCUGUCGGUAGGUGCUGUGGUUGACGUCCUGAUUUUGAUCCUUUCGGGACGGUUUUCGUCAAGAGUGAACUAUGCCUCCGAAGAAGACGGCGGCCAAGGCACAGCCUACGCCGACGAAGGCCAGUGGCAAGAAAGCCGUGAAGAAGGUGGUACCCGUCGAGGAAGUGGAAGAAGAGGACGAUAAGAUGGAGGACGACGAAGAGGCAGAAGACGCAGAUGCCGGCAUGGAUGAUGCUGGAAAUGAGGAGGAAGAGGAGGUUGCUGCCAACGAGGAAGAGGAGGAGGAGGAAGAAGAUGAGGAGGAAGCAGCCCCUGCUCCGGCUAAGUCCAAGCAAAAAAACGGCCUCCAGGUCAAGGCUAAUGCAGCCCAGGAAGAGGAGGACGAAGAGGAUGAGGUUGAAGAAGUAGAUGCUGAGGAAGAGGAAGAACAAGAGGAGGAGGAGGAGCAGGAAGAGGAAGAACAGGAAGAGCAGGAUGAGGAAGACGAGGAAGCUGAAGGGGAAGGUGAUGCUCCAAAAAAGCAGGCCAAAAAGACUGCUGCUUCUAAAGACAAGAAGGCUGCAAAAAGCGGAAAACGCAAGGCGGCCGAUGACGAGGAAAGUGCUGGAGGCAGCGACGCCAAGAAACUGAAGCUAGAAGACUAUGUUCCAGAGUCUUGCAUCGACAGCCAAGAAAAAAGAGACAGCUGUAGCCUCGUCAUCACCAUGGCACGGGGAGCUCGGCCAGGUGACAUCACAGAACUGUCUGGCGACAUCAUCAAUCUUGUCAUAAAGGGAGAGAAAGCUUUUGCACGGUAUGUGGAUGCCGACACGGCAGCAACAAACCUGAAGUUGCUGGAGAAGGAGGUUGGAAACGGCAAAGUGACACGUGUUGAGAAAUGCACAUCUCACGAAACGGAGACACAAGACAACCUGCUGGAUGUUUUCCGGGUGCCCUUUGAGUGCACUGUAAGCCGGCUCAAGGAACUCUUUCCUGGUGCCAAGGUCUAUGUGCUCAAUGAUGGGUUUGCACGGUUGCAUUUUGAGUCCUCAGAAGACCUGCUAAAUGCAGUACAGAACCCUGCAUGCCACACCAUUGAUGGCAGCAGCAUCCGUUUCAGCCUUGUAAAAAAGUUUGGACAAGGUGGUGGCUUUAGGGGUGGAAAUCAGUCUCGAGGUGGCAACUCCCGGGGAGGACGAGGUGGAAAUUCCUAUGGCCGUGGACGAGGAGGUGGCGGCGGAGGCGGCGGCGGCGGCUGGGGCAAUAACAGCUGGGGUGGCGGCGGUGGCCGUGGGGGCUGGGGCAGCAGUGGCGGCAGUUGGGGCCGUGGUGGGGGUGGGGGCCGUGGAGGGGGCAAGUUCGGCGGAGGCCGAGGAGAUUUUGGUGGCCGUGGUGGACGAGGGGGUGGAGGACGCUUCGGAGGCCGUGGUGGAGGCGGCGGCCGGGGCCGGGGAGGCCGCGGGGGACGUUUUGGGGGGUUUUAUUAUUGAAGGGCCAAGUCUCCGCUGCUUGGACGGCAAGGUGCAUGGUGAAGAUUAGACAUUGAGGACAACCACCACAUCACCAUAACCACCACAACCACCACAUCUGUGACUAGCGUUUUCCUUUUUUUUUUUUCAUCGGCGCCAUGUUUGUUUUUCAGUCUUCAUUGAAUUUCACAUUGACCACUGCAUGCACUGAACGCAAAUGCCAUUGCAUGGCGUUUUCAUGCUUGGCGUCAUCCAUGUGGUGUUAUUAAAGGACUAACUAAGAA